AUGACAUUGCGAGGCAAAGCUGGCGUCUACGCUGGCGCUGCCGUCCUCCGACUCCUUCUUACCGUGGCCUUCCCCGGGCUGCCAGACCUCUUGACCGGCCGUGUAGAGAUUUCCACCCCCGUCACGAGCUUCAAGCGAUUACAAGAAGGACUGUUCCUCUACAACCACAAUGUGUGGCCCUACGAUGGCGGUGUCUACCACCAGGCACCGCUGCUACUACCGCUGUUUUCGCUGCUCCCAAGCGUCAAAACCUGGCCCAUCUUCACGUCGGUUCUCUAUAUACUGGUCGACUUGCUGAGCGCCGAUGCGCUUUGUACAAUUGCGAAUUCAGGCGAAGCCGGGCAGUCGAGGCUGUUUACGUCUCCGCGGAGAGCGAAACGAGCGUGUGGAUUAGCAGUGGCCGCCGCAUUCCUCUUUAACCCCUUCACAAUAGCCAGCUGCAUCGGCCGAUCCACCAGCAUCUUCACGACAUGCGCCAUCCUCCACGCCAUAUCCAAAGCCAUCCAAGGCUCCGCGUUCAACGCCAUGAUCGCCCUCUCCUUCGCCUCCUACCUGUCCAUGUACCCAAUCCUCCUCCUGCCGCCGCUCGUGCUCCUCUCCUUUGACCGCCAGCCCGAAGCCCGCCGCACCGCCAGCGCCGUCGCAUUCGGCGCCAAAUGCGUCGCCAUCACCGCCGUCUGCCUCGGCCUCCUCCUGGGCAUGUCCUUUGUGCUCACCGGCAACUCGUGGGAGUUCCUCUCCCGCACGUAUGGCAUCCAGCUCACGCUGUCCGACCUCACCCCCAACGUCGGCCUGUGGUGGUACUUCUUCAUCGAGAUGUUCGACUCCUUCCGGGCCUUCUUCCUCGCCGUCUUCUGGCUCCACCUCGCGGCGUACGUGGGCGGCCUGACGAUCCGCCUGCGAACGCAGCCCCUCGCCGUGCUGACCCUUCUCCUGGGCAUCUUCUCCAUCUUCAAGCCGUACCCUUCCAUCGCCGACGCGAGCCUGUUUCUCGCCAUGCUCCCGCUGUUCCGGCACGUCUUCCCGCUCAUGAGGUACACCUACGUUGCGUCUGCCACGCUCCUGUACGCCACGUUCCUGGGCCCCGCGUUUUACCACCUGUGGAUAUACGCCGGCAGCGGAAACGCAAACUUCUUCUACGCUAUUACGCUGGUUUGGAGUUUGGGCCAGAGCUUGUUGGUCACGGAUUUGACAUUUGCCGUAUUAAGAGACGAGUGGGAGGUUGAGCGGCCCGACAUGAUUGGCAAGGAGGUAAAGCAAAUCUAG